AUGGCGCCUCCCAAGAAAGUCAAGGGCAAGAAGCCGCAGCCCUUGAAGCGUGAGAUUGUCCAGGAGAAGCGCAAGCAGCAGCAGCUCAGCAUUGCUGCCCUCGAAAAGUCGAUUGCCGAGUUUGACCCCAAAGCCACCGAGGUGACGACCUUUGCCGAACUGCCCCUGUGCGAACCCACGAAGCAGGGCCUCGAGAAAUCCCACUUUACGACGCUCACCGAUAUCCAGUCGCGCGCCGUGCCGCUCGCGCUCCAGGGCCAGGACAUUCUCGGCGCCGCCAAGACGGGCAGCGGCAAGACGCUGGCGUUCCUGCUGCCGGUGCUCGAGAAGCUGUACCGCGCGCAGUGGACCGAGUUUGACGGCCUCGGCGCCCUCAUCAUCUCGCCGACGCGCGAGCUCGCCGCCCAGAUCUUCGAGGUGCUGCGCAAGGUCGGCCGCUACCACGCCUUCUCCGCCGGCCUCGUCAUCGGCGGCAAGAGCCUCAAGGAGGAGGCCGAGCGGCUCGCCAAGAUGAACAUUCUAGUCUGCACGCCGGGCCGCAUGCUGCAGCACCUCGACCAGACGGCCGGCUUCGACGUCGACAACCUGCAGAUGCUCGUGCUCGACGAGGCCGACCGCAUCAUGGACAUGGGCUUCCAGCAGGCCGUCGACGCCCUCGUCGAGCACCUGCCGGCCACGCGGCAGACGCUCCUCUUCAGCGCGACGCAGAGCAAGAAGAUCUCCGACCUCGCGCGCCUCAGCCUGCGCGACCCCGCCUACGUCGCCGUCCACGAGGAGGCGACGCCGGCCAACCUGCAGCAGCACUACCUCGUGACGCCGCUGCCCGAGAAGCUCGACACGCUCUACGGCUUCAUCAAGGCCAACCUCAAGAGCAAGAUGAUCGUCUUCUUCUCCUCGGGCAAGCAGGUGCGCUUCGUCUACGAGAGCUUCCGCCACCUGUCGCCCGGCGUGCCGCUGCUGCACCUGCUCGGCAAGCAGAAAGCAGCUGCAGCGCAUGGAGAUUUCGCGGCGCUUCGCCGACGCCAACCACGCCUGCCUCUUCGCCACAGACGUCGUCGCCCGCGGCGUCGACUUCCCCGCCGUCGACUGGGUCGUCCAGGUCGACUGCCCCGAGGACGCCGACACGUGCCCAUCAACAAGAUCACGGUCAAGGAGAGCAAGAAGAAGUCGGUCACGAAGCAGCUCCAGAGCAUGUGCUUCCAGUACCCCGAGCUCAAGUACCUCGGCCAAAAGGCCUUUAUCAGCUACACGCGCUCCGUCUACCUGCAAAAGGACAAGCACGUCUUCAAAUUUGACAGCCUCGACCUCGACGCCUACGCCGCGAGCCUCGGACUGCCGGGCACGCCGCAGAUCAAGUUCCAAAAGGGCGAGGACAUUAAAAAGGUCAAGAACGCGCCGCGCGCCGGCCUGUCGAGCGACGAAGACGACGACGACUCGGACCUCGACGGCGAGCUCGACCCCGAAAAGGCCAAGCUGAAGAAGAAGAGCAAGAAGAACGAGGUCAAGACAAAGUACGACCGCAUGUUUGAGCGCACGAACCAGGACGUCUUGUCGGGCCACUACUCCAAGGUGCUCGGCGAGGCCGACGACGACGACGCCGACGACUUCCUCGCCGUCAAGCGCGUCAUUGACACGAACGACCUCGACGAUCCGGCGCAGGCGGAGACGGGGCCGAAAAAGGUGACAAUUGGCAGCCAGGAGGUCAUCAUUGACUCGAAGCGGCGGGAAAAGGCGCUCCUGUCGAAGAAGAAGAUGCUCAAGUACAAGGGGUCGGGCACGAAGCUCGUGUUCGACGACGACGGCGUCGCGCGGCCGCUGUACGAGCUGCAGGACGAGGAGGCGUUUGCGCAGGACGGCCCGGCCGAAGAGCAGCGGGCCCGGUUCGUCGAGGACGAGGCGGCGCGGGUCAAGGAUGCCGACGCCGACGACAAGGAGCGCGCGCGGCUGCUGCGGCGGGAGAAGAGGCUCAAGAGGAAGGCCAGGGAGGCCGAGGAGAGGGGCGACAUGCCGCGCGUGGGUCACGCCAUGGCGACGGGCGCCGACCUCGAGGAGGACCCGCUGGCGCUGCUGCGGUCGUUGCCGAUGAGCGGCGGACGGCCGGCCGAGGACAGCAGCGAGGCGGAAGAGGCCGCGAGGCCGCGUAAGAAGGCCAAGAAGUGGUUCCAGACGGACGACGAGGAGGCGCCAGCAGACGGCAGGAAGGUGUUGGAGAUUGACCGGGAGCCCGAGACGCUGGAGGAUCUCGAGGCUCUUGCCGCGGGUCUGUUGGAGUAG